GGAUGGAUGGAUGGAUGGAUGGAUGGAUGGAUGGAUGGAAUCCUGCUGGCAAAUUGAAAAUAUAUGCUCUUGACUUAUGGCAGUAAAAGUCUCCCAUAUUUGUGUUUGCAUCAAAGAUACUAGUUUGAACAUGUUCAAACUAGUAUCUUCCUGUGCAUUCACAAAUGCACAGGAAGAUUCACACAUACUCCAUGCUCCAUAUAUUAGCUCCAUAUAUUUUAGCUCCAAAUAUAUGGAGCUAAAAUAUAUGGUUUUAGCUCCAUAUAUUUGUUAUUAUAAAAAAAACUGACAUCAGAAUUGAUUUUAUGAUGUUUUUGAAGUUCGUUUUCUCUUGCCUGGCAUUCUGACAAGGAGAUAAGCCUCUUAAUGUUUAAGAUUUAUAAAUUAAUUAUCAAUUACUCUGAUUAAAUUACAUAUUUGGUCAAAUGACUUGAUCGAGGAUUGGGAGAAUUACUUUAAACGUACUUGUAACUUGCAAAACAACGACUUGGUCCAAACGUUGGUCAUUCUAUACAUAGACACUUGUGUGACAGUUUGGUCCAGCAGAAAUGGACAUUUGAAGGACACUGCCAUGACUAUUCAGCCAUCUCAGUGUAGAUUGUGCUGACCUACAAUGCGUUUGAAAUGGUGUCCUUAAAGCACUGUGGACACCUGAGCGCCAGGAUGACAGCACCUUACCGCACAACAAUCUGAACACAGAAAGAACGUUCCGCCAGGACGCGGCUAUACGCGGACGAUCCGGCCCUAUCGUGAGCAGCAGCAGCAGCAGCAGCAGCAGCAGCAGCAGCAGCCGUGGAGCAGAGAAACCUAGACGGGUUCCUGCAGACGUCUCACACGGGGUGGAAGGCACCGAGUUCUGAGGACAACUUCAUUGUGUUUUUUCGGCAGCAUGGUUGGGUGAAGAGAUCCGGAGAGCAGGUCCAAGUCCGACCGCAGAAUAAGAGGUGUGCCUCUAUGCAUGCAGCGCGGUAACGCGAAGAAGCCUAUUGUCGACGAUCCCGUGUCAGAUGUGAGCCAUGAAGCAUCUUCCAGUUAAUACUACGGGCUUGUUCUCUGCCGCAGCUGUGUGGGACACAUAACGCUAAAUGGUGUGUUGGGCCGACCACAGCUGAAGAGUAGCGGGAAACGGGGCUCCCGAUUCAGCUGCUUAGGAACAAUCAGAGUCCGCCUGGAGCGACGCGGAUGUCCUGGCUUUCUCUGAAACGCUCACAUCAGGCUACAGGAGACAAACAGGAUGGCAGUAUGAUGGGAUAGAUUUGAAUAUGGGUCAAUGGGCAGGCAUGCAAGUUUCUCUCCUCGGCCUGACUCUCCAGCUCUUAUUAUUGAUAUCCAAGCCAUCAGCCGGCUACAACCAGAACUCCCAUGAAACUCAGGAUGUGCCCAGUUUCAGCUUCACCCAUUCCGUCUACCAUGCAACAGUUUAUGAAAACUCAGCAGCACGCACCUAUGCCAACAGUAAAAUUAAAAUGGGCAUUCAACUUUCCAAAAGGUCCUGGGAAAUUCGCUACAGAAUUACCUCAGGAGAUGACGAAGGGCUUUUUAAGGCAGAAGACUACGUUCUGGGGGACUUCUCUUUUUUGCGCAUAAGGACCAAAGGGGGCAAUGCAGCCAUCUUAAACCGGGAGAUUCAAGAUAAUUAUGUAUUGACAGUGAAAGCCUACGUCAAGGGAGAGUCUCUUCUUGAGGCCUGGACUAAAGUCAGCAUUCAAGUGUUGGAUAUGAAUGACCUCCGGCCCCUGUUUUCACCCACCACAUACUCUGUGACCAUAGCAGAAAGCACUCCUCUCAGGACUAGCAUAGCGCAAGUUACUGCCACUGAUGCAGAUAUUGGCUCCAAUGGAGAAUUUUACUUUUUUUUCAAGGACAAAAUGGAACUGUUUGCAGUGCACCCAACCAGUGGAGUGGUUUACCUUAGUGGAAAGCUUAAUGUUGAUGAACAGGACCGGUACGACUUAGAAAUUAUGGCGGUUGACCGUGGUAUGAAGCUGUAUGGAAAUAAUGGAGUUAGCAGCACAGCCAAACUUUUUGUCCACAUAGAUCGUGUGAAUGAGCGCGCUCCAGUUAUGACUGUAGUCACCCACGCUUCCGCUAGGCUGGAGAAGAAUAGUCUGUAUGCCCUUGUUAGUGUUGAAGACUUUGAUGAAGGCUUAAACGGGGAAAUUGAUUCUGUUAUUAUUAUGGAUGGUGACCCUUCAGGACAGUUUUACAUAGAAAGACGUGAAGAAGAGGAAUUUGCAAUUAAAUCCACCGAAAUAAUAAACUGGGAAACUUUCCCAUAUGGUUGUAACUUAACCCUGCAGGCUAAAGACAGAGGGACUCCUCCCCAGCUCUCUGCUCCACAGGUUCUCCACAUAAUGUUUUCAAACCAGCAGGCAACAGAAGCUAAUUUUGAGCAAGAGUUCUAUGUUGUUAGUCUCAAUGAAGUUUCACCACCUGGCACAAUUGUGGGUUUUUUUAAGAUCAAACCGGAACCUGAUGAUGCAGAGUACAUUCUGACACCCUCUGCAGAUUCAACUUUUUUUAAAAUCAAUACCUUAACAGGUGUAAUUUCCACUUCUCACUGGUUGACCCAUGUAUCCAAGGAUAUCUUUAGUCUUGAGGUGUUGGAGGUAGACAGCAAUCUCAGAGCUAAAGUACAGGUAGCCAUUGAAGAUGCCAAUGAUAACACGCCUGAAUUUUUCCAGUCCUUCUAUGAGGUUUUUGUAAACGAAAGUGUUCCAGCUGGAACCAACAUAUUAACAGUCUCUGCAGUCGAUGAAGAUAAAGGUGAAAAUGGAUACAUUACAUACAGUAUUCACUGCCUUCAGCAACUACCCUUCAAGAUUAACCAAUUUUCUGGUGUCAUAAGCAGUAACACAGAUCUAGAUUUUGAAGCCUCGCCAGAGGUAUUUGUAUUUGUUGUUAGAGCUUCUGACUGGGGUUCACCCUACAGGCGAGAGAGUGAAGUCAAUGUCACAAUCCACUUACAGAAUAUAAAUGACAAUAAGCCAUUGUUUGAGAAGGUCGCAUGCAAGGGGGUGAUUUCUGUAGAUUUCCCAGUAGAUGAAGUAAUUACCACAAUGUCUGCAAUUGACAUAGAUGAGUUAGAGUUAGUAAAAUAUAAGAUCAUUUCAGGAAAUGAGCUGGGGCUCUUUGACCUCAACCCUGAUUCAGGAGUUCUUGCACUGCGUAAUUCCCUUUCAGCACUGAGCCCUAAGCAUAGCAUCUUCAGUUUAAAAAUAACUUCUACAGAUGGUGAAAACUUUUCAGAUCCCAUGUUUGUCAACAUUUCAGUUGUACAUGGAAAAUCUCUUUACAAGCAUUUUACAUGUAAAGAAACCAGUGUAGCACAAAGGUUAGCUGAAAAGUUACUUAAAAAAUCCAAAGCUAGCACCAAAUCUAAAACCGAGGAAGGUUUUAUUGACCUGUUCUCUGUGAAUCGACAAACACCCCAGUUCGACAAAGCUUUUCCCACAGACAUCGCUGUGCAGGAAGACUUAAAGGUUGGCUCCAGUGUUUUCCAGGUGAAUGCGUAUGAUGGUGAUACAGGUUUCAAUGGUCAGAUUCUGUACUCUAUUUCAGAUGGAAACACUGACAGUUGUUUUAACAUUGGCUUGCAGACUGGUCUAAUAAGCGUUUUUCUGCCUAUGGACAGAGAAAAGAGAGAUCACUACAUCCUCAACCUAACCAUUUGUGACCUUGGUCUGCCACAGAAAGCGACUUGGCGUUUGCUUACUGUUCACAUUGUGGAUGCAAACGAUAAUGCCCCUCAGUUUUUACAAGAAGGAUAUAGAAUAGUAAUUCCUGAAAACACUGCAAUAGGCACAAUUAUUAUCCAGGUCGAGGCCACUGACAAAGAUCUUGGACUCAAUGGUGAGAUAGUUUACUCUGUCUUGACCAGCACCACACAGUUUGGCAUUAACUCCACUAACGGGAUAGUUUAUGUCACUGGCCAACUAGACCGAGAGUUGGCUCCAAUCUAUAACUUAAAGAUUAAAGCUCGAGACAGUGCAGCUAAAGGGAGACACAAGUUUUCAGUCACCAUUUUGAAAGUUAUUUUAGAGGACGUGAAUGACUGUCCUCCACUAUUCAUCCCCAGUGUUUACAAAGCCAGAGCUCUUGAGGAUCUUCCUGUAGGAACUGUUAUAGCCUGGAUCGAAACCCAGGACCCAGAUGUGGGAUUAGGAGGCCAGGUGCGGUACUCUCUGGUCAAUGACCACAACGGAUGGUUUGAAUUAGAUCGGAACAGUGGAGCCAUUCGACUGACGAAGGAACUGGACUAUGAGGUCCAGCAGUUCUACAACCUCACAGUGAAAGCCAAAGACAAGGGAAAACCUGUGUCUCUUCUGUCUGUCACCUUUGUGGAAUUGGAAGUAAUCGAUGUGAAUGAAAACCUCUACGCUCCUUACUUUUCACACUUUGCCUUGACUGGAAGAAUUGUAGAGAAUGCCCCAAUCGGAACUACUUUACUCCAACUUAGUGCUCAAGAUGAUGACGUUGGUAGAGAUGGAGAGAUCCACUAUUCCAUUCGGGAUGGGAGUGGGCUUGGAAGAUUUGCCAUCGAUGAGGAAACGGGAGUGAUCUACACCACAGACACAUUGGAUCGGGAAACCAAGGACUCUUAUUGGCUGACGGUUUAUGCCAGUGACCGUGGCGUUGUUCCCCAGUUCAGCACAACUGAGGUGUUCAUUGAAGUGGAGGAUGUCAAUGACAACGCCCCACUAACCUCCGAGCCUUUGCUUCGGUGCUCAGUACCAGAGAAUUCUGCCCGGGACGUUUCUGUAAUUCAAAUCCACGCUCAGGAUCCUGAUGUCUCCCCGCCUUCUAUUGCUGAUUGGCUAAGCUAUCGGAUUGUUAGUGGAAACCCACAGAACUUCUUUACUAUCAACACUCGUACUGGACUGAUCACUACAACCUCUCGGAAACUGGAUCGUGAACAACAACAGGAGCACACUCUAGAGGUGCUGAUUUCAGACAGCAGUCCAAGUCCCAAGAGCAGUACACUGUGGGUUAUGGUUUCAGUCCUAGAUGAAAAUGACAACCGACCAACUUUUCAUGAUAAGGUCUACCAAGUCAGACUUCCAGAGAGAGAACGAAGAAAGAAGGCUGAGCCCAUCUACCGGGUGUUUGCCUAUGACCAGGACGACGGGCCCAACAGUGACCUCUCAUACAGCCUUGUGGACGGCAAUGACGAUGGAAAAUUUUUCAUAGACCCCAAAACAGCUGUGGUGUCAUCUCGCAAGGCCUUCGCUGCAGGAAGCUAUGACAUCUUGACUAUUAAAGCAUCAGACAAUGGCCGUCCCCAGAAGUCUUCAACAGCUCGUCUGCAUAUUGAGUGGAUUCAACGACCGCCUCCAUCAUCUCCACCAUUGCUCUUUGACGAGUUGUUCUAUAACUUUACCAUCACGGAGAAUGACCAUGUGGCUGAGAUUGUGGGUGUGGUGUCUCUGCAACAGAACCCAGUUCCAGUUUGGUUUGAUAUCACAGGUGCCAGGCCUUUUCGUGAGAUGUUCUAUAUCUUGCAGAGUGCUUGUUUCAAGAACUGUUCCUCAGAAGGUGGGAACAGUGACAGUGUGUUCGACGUGGAGCGGACAGCAGCUACCAUCAUCAUCGCAAAGCCUCUGGAUGCUGAGCAGCGUUCCUUCUACAACCUGACAGUGCAGGCCACAGAUGGCACCAGCACUGCAUAUGUACAGGUUUACAUUACUGUUCUAGACAGUAAUGAUAAUGAUCCCGUCUUCUCACAACAAAUCUACGAGGUCAUUAUUUCGGAGGAUACACCACCCAACACCGAAGUGGUCCAGAUACUGGCAUCAGACCGUGACGAGCAUCACCAGCUCACCUAUUCUCUCCACAGCUCCAUAGACUCUAGAAGUAUGCGUCUGUUCCACAUCCACCCAACGCUGGGAACAGUUUACACUGUCCAGAGGCUGGACCACGAGGCCUGUGCCCAGCACAUUUUGACUGUCAUUGUACGUAUACUUUGCUUAAGAAUAAGCCCAUCCUUUGAUCCUAGCUCUUUUAAUGAAGGUUUUGCCAUUUAAGGACCAUGUUAGAGCUUAAAUAUUUUCUGAACUGACCACAUUGAUAAACAUUUGACCCAACAUCCUUGAAGGGAUGUUUCAUUAUAAUAUUACUUCUUUAGUUUCUUUAUUAUUACUUUGACCAUUAAACAUAGCUGAAUCACAGCAAAUUCUAAAGAAAACAAUGGGCUAGUUAGAAAAAAAUAUCUUUUGAAACACUGGGUUACAAAAAAUAUUUUUUGGAAGUUGUCAAUUAUUUUUCAACUGAUUUAUGACUAUUUUGCAUGGCUGAAUCCAAAGAUGACAUAAAUUGU